AUGGGUAAAAAUGUCUCUCGUCUGCUGGCAGGAGAAGAUGUCAAUGUAUUUUCUGUGGCCACAAACGAGCUUCUAUUAGAUGAUUCUCGUACGGUAGAAGUGCGGUUCCAUGUGGCUCGUUCAGACGGAUCGCCCAUUGAGAUGGAAGGCAAGGGGAUGCUGAUGUACAAUCGGGUGACGGGUGAACCUAGCCAUACU